UUCGUCCGGGACGACGGCACCUUCGACGCUGUCGCAAACGACAACGCCCAUGUCGACGCGGAGGGCCACCCUUGAGGUGAGCCUGGGAGACACGGACCCACCGGGGCUGCUGCUUCCCUUCCCGCUGCCGCCACCUAACAGAACGGAACCGUGGUUCAAGAAUCAAGCUGACAGCCGGCUGGUGCAUCAGGGCGUCUGCGACUAUUGCUUGUUUGACGGCGAGGGCAACUUCACCAGCUACGGCUAUCCUCUCGACUACCCUCCGUUGCUCGAGUGCACCUACCGCGUCAAGCGGGUGGGUGGUGCCUGCUCGCUGCGGGUGCUCUUCCACGACUUCGACCUGGAAGAGUCUCCCGGAUGCCGCAACGACUACCUCGCCGUCGCCGACAAGCGCUUCUGUGGACGGCGCCGCUACCGUGGUCACACAGAAAUUGUGGACUUCCCUAAGGACAGAGACGAGGUCACCUUCUAUCUGCACACCAAUCCACUCGUAUCCGGCAAGGGAUUCUGGAUCGAGGUUACCCGGCGGCCUGGCUUUUGUGACACACGCAAGAACGUCGUGGGUCCGUGUGAGGAGCGCCACUCGCAGGAGGAGUUUCAGCUGUGGAGCCCGGGCUUCCCGGAGCCGUACGCGACGAACCAGAAGUGCUGGUACUACAUCCGCCGGGCCACGGACUCCGUGUGCGGCCUCGAGCUCACCUUCCAGCACUUCGAACUGGAGCAGAGCGAUGGCUGCGUCUACGACUACCUGGACGUGGACGGACAGAAGCUGUGUGGAUCCAUAACGCCCGGCGCAGUGCGGGUGUUUAUGUUCAACCGGGAUCAACUACUGAUGCACUUCAGCAGCGACAGCCAGAACAACAAGCGCGGCUUCCACAUCAAGGCCCGUCAGAUCACCACCUGCUACCCAGGAAGUGUGCUUCCGCCUCCACCGCUGUGCGACAUGUGCACGGAUCGCUUGAGCGACGACAUCACCAGCUACGGGUUCCCGACCGCCUACCGGGGCAACAUGCUGUGCCGCGUGACCAUCAGCCGACCCUCGGACGCCUUCUGCGCUGUCGAGAUGCACUUUCGCGAGUUCGACGUGGAGAAGUCUUCGCGCUGCGACCGGGACUUCCUGCAGAUCGACAGGGACCGUUACUGCGGCACCAUGCUCAAGGGACAGCGCAAGCGCAUGGUGUACGACACAGACGGCAACGCCGUGAUGGUGUUCAAGACGGACGAGUCAGUGUCCGGCAAGGGCUUCCACGUGCGCUUCCACCAGGUUCCCUGCGGCGCGGCGCACCGUGACCCCGUCGACACCGCCGCUACCACCACGGUGGCCAGUGGCAGUCCGCCCAAGGAAGCGCUUCGCUGCGACCAGCGCUUCGACAGGCAGCGCGAGUUCUACGUGCAGAGUCCCAACUAUCCGUCGCACUACCUGGACAACCAAGACUGCCGGUACGUGAUCACAAAGGCCGGAGAGGACGUUUGCCACCUGGAGCUUGUGUUCGCUUCUUUCGAUAUCGAGUCGUCGCCGGGAUGCCAGUACGACUACCUCGAGUUCGGUGGACAGCGACACUGCGGUUCUCUGCCUGCAGACCACUCGUACGUGAUCCCGUUCCUGGGCAGUGACAUGGUACUGCAUUUCCACUCGAACGUAGCCACGACGCGACGUGGUUUCUCAGUGCGGGCCCGACAGAUCAAGUGUGCGUUGGGAACAUCGCCGGCGCCUCCGCCUCCAUCGCAGUUGCCGGGGCCACCGGGGUCCUCGCACCUGGACUACGGCGCUGAGGACGGCAAGUCGCAGGGCGUUACUGUCACAACCUCGACACCUGUGCGCAUCUCUACGCCGUAUGGACACGGUUCCGUAACCAGCACGACGGGCCAGCCGUACAUCACGCGUCGCUCGUGCGACGUCUACAUGGAUAAGAUGGAGUUCGAGCUGGAAAGUGCCAAUUACCCUGGCGACUACGAGGACGGUACAGAUUGUGUGUACACGGUUCGGCGCGCUCACGGCAACAUCUGCCAGAUGGAGGUCACCUUUGUGGACUUUCAACUACAGCCUUCGGACUCGUGCCAGGGUGACUACCUGGCGAUCGAUGGCACGCGCGUCUGCGGAACCGUAGUUCCGGGGACAGUCCGCCUGAUGGACUUCCGGGAGCCGCAGAAGGUGAUGCGCUUCCACACGGAUGACUCGCAGAGUGACCGCGGUUUUCACAUCGCCGUCCGGCAGAACGAGUGUGACGACCCAGCCUCAACUUCUGGAGGCGGUGGAGGUCAGGCGGGAGACGAAGAGGCCGAAUGCGACGAGACCAUCCACAAGCCCGAAGCCAUGCUGCUCAGCGCCAACUACCCGGCAAACUACGGCAACAACCUCGACUGCAGAUACACGGUGCGCAAGAUGAGUUCGUCAGUGUGCCGCCUCGAGAUGAACUUCGAGCGUUUCGACGUGGAGUCCAGCACUGACUGCGAAUACGACUAUUUGGACAUUGACGGACAGCGCCUGUGUGGAAUCUUCUCCCGCAACACAACUGGUAUGUACGACUUCGAGGAGAACGAGAAGCAUUUGCACUUUCACUCGGACGCGGCCAACUCCCGACCGGGCUUCCAAAUUCGGUUGCGCCAAGUCGAGUGCGUCGACGAGGACGAUGCACAGUCACCGCGGCCGCCGCCCUUCAGGCCCCUGCAAAGCGGCUUCACCACCUCAACCCUGGGCGUCGGCGGUCAGCCCCCGGAGCACCACAAGUGCGACAAGAUCCUCACGAACAGACUGUUCGAUGUGCGCAGCCCUAACUACCCGGGGGGCUACCCGCCCCACCUGGACUGCAAGUACAUCGUCUUUCAGGCUUCACGUGACAUAUGCAGCGUGGAGUUCACCUUUAUCGACUUCGACGUAGACAAAGACAACGAGUGCUUCUCGGACUUUCUCGAGAUAGACGGGGAGCGCGUGUGCGGUGUCCUUCCGCCGGGAUCAAAGAGACUGGUGCAUUUCAGCAGCUCGCAGAUGGUCUUCCGCUUCCGGUCCGACCAAAGUGGAAGUCGGCCUGGUUUCCACAUCAAGGCUCGCCAGGUUGAGUGUGGCUCGCGGCUGCCGCCGGGCGCGGGACUUGAGAAAGCCCCGGCCCUGGGAGUGCCGUGCAUGUACGAGUUCUGUGACCAGAGCGGCGUAUUCUACAGCCAAGGAUUUCCGGGCCCUUACCCCAACCAGAUGUCCUGCACUUAUCGCGUGAUCGCCGCUGCUCCCGACAAAUGCAGGGUAGAGCUGUCGUUCAUCCAGUUCAACCUGCACUCAAACAAUCGACCGGACGGCCAGUGUGGCGCCGACUUCAUGGAGAUCAAUGGUGUCCGCUACUGCAACCGCCAGCUGGAGGGCCAGAUACGCAUCCUGGACUUCAAAGGGCCCCGCCGUAGCGUGACUAUGCAUUUCAUAUCAAAUGACCAUGACACAGGGAAAGGAUUCCUCGGCUUCUACAAACAACUGUCCUGUCCCAUGGGGGAAGGAGGUGACGGGAAUGACAAUGGUGCCUGUAAAAUUUGGUUCACCCCUUACCAGCCUGUUUACGCCCUUCUGCAUCGCUUACACGGCUAUACGAAACACCAGAGCAUGCCACCACCAGAACAUGCAUGUCACAACAACGCGAUGGCAGCCCUUUAUGUUUUCGCAGGCCGUCCCCCGUCUUCCCUGGGUGGUGGACCACCGGAGCUCUAUCACCCGAAGCCGUAUCCGCAUCCGCCUGAUUCUACAGACGUCGCCACCAAGCGGCAGCAGCACCAGCACCAGCCGCCCAGCUGCGACCGACUGUACGCCCUCGAAGAGUUCGAGCUUGAGAGCCCCGGCUACCCGGGUCCCUACAGGCCGGGCCUCGACUGCCGGUACUUCAUCCGGCGACACAGCGACGCCGUCUGCUCGCUGCUGGUUACCUUUGUUGCCUUUGACCUGGGGUACAGCCCCGGCUGCCACAGCGACUACUUGGAGUUGGCCGGCCACAAGAUAUGCGGCACGGUGCCUCCCGGAAAAACCAAGCAAGUGCCACUGAGAGACUUUCAAACCGCAUUCCGGUUCCACUCGAAUGAGGCAGGCGAGAACCGAGGAUUCAUGCUCCGCGUGCGCCAGGUGGCCUGUGGAGACGACGGAAGCGCUGGCGGUGGUUCACUCUAUGAUAGGGGCUCCUCCCCACCCCAGUACCCGCAUCACCCGGCGCUUGGAGCCGGAGCCCCAACUUCUGCAGGCGGGCACCCCUUGGGACCAGCCAUGUUUGCGCCAUCCGGGGAGCCGACAUUCUACCCGCCCUCUAGAGGCCUUCCAGGCGGCGCGCCUCCGCCGGCUCUCGGACCUCCAGCAGUCGGUGGUGCUCCGCUGGGCCCUCCGUCAUACCCCAUUCCUCCUCCGCCUGCACCGUCCGGAGGCGGACCACCGCGAGCACAGUGCGACCGAGCCCUGACCGAGCCUUACUUCGAGCUCCGCAGUGCGGAUCUGGGCUCGGGAAACCUUGACUGCAGGUUCAUAGUGCGUCGCCGGGGCCCCGACCAGUGCCGUCUUGAGCUGCUGUUUGUGCGUUUUGAUGUUGACUGCAACCAGGACCAGUUCCGUGUGCAAGACGUCCAGAUAUGCGGCAGGCUGGAUCAUUAUUCAACGCGUACCUACGACUUCGAGGGACCAGAGUUGUACCUGUACUACCACACGCGGUCGGGAGGCCGCGCCUCCGACUUCCUUAUCAAGGGACGUCAGAAAGGCUGUGCGGAAGUCGGAAGCGGAAUGCCGCCUCCUUCUCUGCCGGCCGGGUCCUUCAGUCCAUCUGUGCCUGGGCGCGAUGUCAGUCACCCUCGUCACCAUGGUUCACCAUCUUACUCACCACCUUCGCCACCCGUCGGUUACCAGCCGCCGCCCUCUGGAGCGUCGGGACGGGAUCCGCACGCCCUACCGCCCCGUUACCACCCUCAGCCACCUUCCCACUCAGUCGGUGGCACUGGCGGCUACCCUCCGUCGCCGCACUACCCGCCACCUUCUUCGCACAUGCUGGGCGGUAGCGGGCCGCCGCCACCCAGUGGGCACUACGGGCCACCGUCUCAGUACCCGCCGCCCGCGCCACCGUCUCAUUACUCUCCACCGGCACUUGCGCCGUAUUAUCCACCGCCACCACACGGUGGGCCUCCUGAACCUCGAGGCGGAUACCGCCCCGACCAGCAAGGUGGUGGGGUGCAUUUUGGGCAUCCCCCUUCACAUCAUGGACCGCCAGUCGAUCGGCCACCACAAGGACCUCCGCCGCCUGGCAUGCCGUGGGCCCCACCAUCGUCUGGAAGACCCGAAUGGAGCCCUCGAGACACCGGCCCUGGUUCCCGGCCAGCUGGCUACCCUCCACCGCACUCGCCACAUGGCGGAACUCCCGGGUCGGUCGCGGCAGGGGCGCCAUCCUACCCUCCUCCGGGUCCGGGCCAGGGCCCCGCCCGGCCCGCCGGCGACUGCGACCAGACGUUCACGGCGCUCGAGAUGACGGUGCAGAGCCCGAACUUCCCGGGUCCUUACCCGGCACGCACCAUCUGCCGCUACGUGGUGCGCCGCUAUGACAGCGCCACCUGCGCCCUCGAGGUGCUCUUCACGCGCUUCGACAUGGAGCACAACCCGGACUGCCAGUACGAGCACCUUGAGGUGGACGGUCGCAAGCUGUGUGGCACGCUACCCGAGAACAGCGUCCAGAAGUUUUCCUUCUACCAACCUGAAAGCGAGAAAGUGCUGGUGUUCCGCUCUGAUCAGGGCAGCCCUCGCCAGGGCUUCUCCAUCCGCAUCCGUCAGGUCACUGACUGCGCCGGUGCUUCGUCCUGGAUGCCCGGACAGGACAAAGUGCCCCCCGUGCCGCCAAAUCCGUUGUGCGACUACUGCCAGAGGGAGCCCCGUGGCCAGCUGUCCAGUCCGAACUACCCGCAGCCUUACGGCCCCAAUGCGCGCUGCACGUACCGGUUGGAGCCCGUGCCGGGCCAUUGCCACGUGGAAAUGUACUUCCACCACUUCGACGUCGAGAGCUCGCCGGGAUGCAUGAAGGACUUCCUCGAGGUGGACAAGACGCAGCGCCACUGUGGCAACGACCUCAACAAGGCCAUCCGCAAGUUCCCCUUCCCAGACGGCCCUUCGCCCGAGAUUCGGAUUCUCUUCAUGACUGACGGUUACGGUGGCGGUAAAGGCUUCCACCUCGAAUACCGGCAGCUGCCGUGCAAGUCGGCGCAACCUGCCUCUGGGAACGGCGACGGAGGUGCCAAUGCCCAGGGCUCCAGUCCGGGCAGCGGAGAAGGGGGCAACGGUGGUCCAGCGGGCACGUCUGCCGUGGCCAGUUCGGACCGCAAGCUACACUGGGUCAAAGGCUUCCGCGAAAAGCCGGGCAUUGUCACGGCCAGCAUAUUUGUCGAGAACCGCGGCAAUGUCACGACGAACAACAGGUUCCACCGCGACAAUAAGAAGGCGUCCUGAAACGCAGGGGUCUAAUGAACGCGCGAUACAGAUUUUUCGCCGAAAAUCGCGUUCGAUUCUUUCGAUAUUCAACUUAUGCUGGUGCGGCUGGCUCACGGUUCUGGUGUGAUAUUCACUCACUAAACGCAGGCAGUCUCCCGGUUCGAGCAUAAGAAUCUCAACAGAACAGAGCGCGGCUAGGCUAAAUACCAAAGUGCAACUGAGCGUGCUAUAUUUGCCGGUAUUCUUCUUAAGAUGCUUUCAUACACUACUGUCGUUUCUUCCGUAAUGUCACGUAACUUAUGGAUAAGUUUCAGUCUCUUCAGAUAGGCUGCUUAGGCACACUUGUCAAUUCUCGUGUUGCGGUCUUAUCCGUCCUUCGAGGUAACUAUACGCUUAACAGAAAUGUAAGCUUCUCUCAGCCUGUCUCAUAUUUAGCAUAACAGACGAACGACACGAUUUUCUUCCUAGAAGUGGAAGGAGAUCUUUACUUGACUGCUAACAUCUAAAGCCAGAUUUAGCAAGCACGUGCAUUAUGCCGGCCAUUGUUUGCUUUGUUGUCGCAUUGCAUAUAAUGCAAUGAAAGGUUAAGAAGCCGGACGACGUUGUACUUGCAUUCACAUAAUGUUGCAGGGGGUGGGCAAUAUCAAUUUACGCUCGCCCUUCUUUGAAAACGCUAAUCAAUUAUAAUUGUCCAGCCGUUCACAUGACGAUGUGUUUCAUCGCGCGAACAUACUGAGCAGAGAAGACCGGCUAGUUAAGUGUAUUUUGUAAAGAGCGAGUGAUAUUUUUUCCAUUCUGUUUUCCAAUGACUGUCAUACCGGGGUUUACCUGCAGUUUUGAUCAG